AAAAAGUCAGCCUCCAAAAUGUGUCUUCGAUUAGUCUGGCUGGUGUUUUGUUUAAUUUACAGCUGGACAUCUCUAGUGCAUGCACAACUGCCGCCAGAUAUUGAACAGUGCGUGGCUGGCGAUGGCAUCUGUAUUGCAAAUGUUAUUAAUUUUAUUAUAAAGCAGCAUCCUCAGGGCAUACCUGAGAUUGGACUGGAUGCAUUAGAUGCUAUCAACUUCGAUAAUAUUAUUGUUAGCGAAGCUGAACCCGAUACACCGCUGCAGCUGAGCCUUAAAUUCAAUUCUUUGACUGUGCAUGGAUUUGAAAAUACAACAAUUCUUCGUGCUAAAGGCUUUGAAAAGCAAUACCAGCGUGGUUUCGAGCUAGUUGGCUUUACUCCUCUGCUGCGCUUGGAUGGAGAAUAUGAGGCGACUGGCAAGCUACUGCUGCUGCCUUUGGAGGGCAAGAGCCAGGCCAGAGUGCAACUUAAGGAUUGUAAAUUUACAUGCAGAGCUAAAGCUGCGGAGGAUCGUCGAGUGGAGGGUAAACUGUUUCUAAAGAUAACCAAAUUCAAAUGUCUAUUGAUUAUUAGUGGCUUACACGUAAAUUUUGAGAAUUUGUUGAACAACAAGGAGCUAAGUGAUACUAUGAACGAGCUUAUCAAUAACAAUUGGCAGGAUGUUUGGCAAGCUUUGCGUGUCGGCAUGAACUCCGCAGUGGAUCAAGUGGCUGAAACAAUUUUAACUCGCGUAUUAAGUCAACUAUCCUACGAUGAUUUUUACAAACCAACUUAGAGCGCAAGUAACGUUACUAAUAAAUUGCAUUGUCGAUUGGAUUGAGACUAUUGGAUAUUUGCACACAAUUAACACUAAAGAGUACAAUUUGUGGGCAGCUGAGAAC